AGGUGAUAUCCGAAAAAAAUGUCAGCUCACAAAACCCUUCUCUUCCUGUUCACUGUUCUUCUUCUGGUUUCUAUCAUUGAUGCACAGAGAUUUAUUGAUGUAAUGAUGGUCCGUAACGAAGAGCUCAAUGGAUUACGAGGAAACCGCAGGUUUGCAUCAACAAAUGGAAAUUCUCCGAUGAAGAGGAAUUCGUUGCUCGAUAAUCUCUACAACAUUGGAUAUUUCCAGUAUUGAACUCGGAUUUUAUUUUUUUCGCGGAUUUUUGGAUCUCGCCGUAUUUUGUUGAAUAAAUCUGAGUAAUUUGUU